AUGUAUCUCGACCGGAUGCUCCCCGAACUCGAAAUGGGCCCCACACUGAUGCUUGAGAAUCAACAGUGCCACUACGUGCCACAUCAGCAGAAAGAGCCGCGUAGGACUUUUCAUUGCCCCGUGUCGGGUCCAUCAAGCCCGGUGUCGGUGGAGUCUGAAUCCAGCUGCUCAAGCCCGGAAGCGAAAGCGCCCGUGGAAACUCGAGUGAGACGUCCUCUAAAUGCGUUCAUCAUCUGGACCAAAGAGGAGCGCAGACGCCUAGCGCAGCUAAACCCUGACCUGGAGAACACUGACCUCAGUAAAAUACUUGGUAAGACAUGGAAGGCCAUGUCUCUGGCAGAGAAGCGUCCUUACAUGCAAGAAGCAGAAAGACUACGAAUCCAACAUACCAUUGACUAUCCCAACUACAAAUACCGGCCCCGUCGACGAAAGUGCAACAAGCGUGGCAGCAAGACGGCUUCAAGUGAGACUGUCAGUUCUCCAAAUGCCUCUUUUCACCUUAGAUAUAUGUUACAAGGUCAAGUCGCACAGAAACCAUACAAUCAAAUAAACUCCUAUAAGCUCCCACACAGUGGGUUUUCAUUUGAAAACCACUCUUCAUCAUACCACUUUGAAGCAACAUCAUCAAAUGGAAACAUGACGUUCCAUGGUGGUGCAACAUUACUGAACUCUUCUUCUGUACAUCUACCUCUGGCUACUUACUCAGAGUCGCUGUUGUAUUCGCAGCAUUCUAUGCAGCAGAAUGGGGUGGAAUUCUGUGAUCGAUGGGGAACAGAGGUAUGUGCAUGUGUACUGUGUUUGGGUGGACCUUCUCUGGAGUUCUACCUAGAACAAGUGAGAUCAGACAUGUUGGACCAGCUUGACCGCAGUGAAUUUGACCAGUACCUCAAUCCAGCACAGCCUGUGGACCACAACAAUGAGUGA